UUUCCUCUUCCGUCCCAGUGCCUGAUCUCUGAGCUGUCAUUAUUUAUCUCACGGAAACAUACUGGAGUUGUAUCAGCAUUAUUUGUGCUGUUGCGACACAACAACACUAUGGCUUCUAACGUCUGCUGCCGCUUGUUACUCACACACAGGAGUGCGACACGUUUCGGGAAACUCUGGACUAAAAGCGUAACAGCGAAUAUACUGCGACUUUUCUCAAGUGCAACGCAUACGAAAAGUGAACUUGGGAAUUCUACUGCGACUCCACCAGACUUCAGCACUUCUGCGAAAACGGGAACAAGACUGGAGAGGAUGCGAGAGCACAAUGUUCCCUUUUCAUCAUUUCUGACGGACAAUUUUGGCCGGAGACACAGUUAUUUGCGCAUCUCCCUGACAGAGAAAUGCAACCUGCGCUGUCAGUAUUGUAUGCCAGAGGAAGGUGUGAAACUGACACCACGAGGCCAAUUGCUGUCCACCUCAGAGGUGCUGACUCUAGCACGCCUUUUUGUCAAAGAGGGCGUGGAGAAGAUUCGCCUUACUGGAGGAGAACCGCUCAUCAGACCUGAUUUCCUGUAUAUAAUUGCAGAGCUGAAGAAGUUGGAGGGUCUAAAGACCAUUGCGGUGACAACAAAUGGCAUAAACCUGGCCAGAUUUUUGCCUCCAUUGAAAGAUGCAGGCCUUAACCUGAUCAACAUCAGUUUGGAUACACUCGUACCUGCUAAGUUUGAGUUCAUUGUCAGGCGAAAAGGGUUCCACAAGGUCAUGGAAGGCAUUGAAAAGGCCAUUGAGAUGGGCUACAACCCAGUCAAGGUCAACUGUGUGGUCAUGCGAGGCCUAAAUGAAGAUGAGCUGCUGAAUUUUGUAGCUCUGACCGAGACAAAGCCUCUGGAAGUGCGCUUCAUUGAAUACAUGCCAUUCGAUGGCAACAAAUGGAACUUCAAGAAGAUGGUGAGCUACCAGGAGAUGUUGGAUCACAUUAGGCAGCAGUGGCCUGACCUAGAAAUGCUUCAAACUGAACACACUGACACUGCCAAGACAUUCAAGGUGCCUGGCUUCAAAGGGCAGGUUGGAUUCAUCACCUCCAUGUCUGAUCAUUUCUGUGGCUCCUGUAACCGAUUACGCAUCACUGCAGACGGCAACCUCAAGGUGUGUUUGUUCGGUAACUCGGAGGUGUCGCUCCGAGAUGUGUUACGCUCUGGAGCGUCUGAGGAAGAGAUGCUGCAAAUCAUCGGCGCUGCUGUGGGCAGGAAGAAGAAACAACAUGCAGGCAUGUUCAAUAUCUCCCAAAUGAAGAACAGACCUAUGAUCCUCAUCGGUAGAAUGAUGGUCCUGAACAGAGAGAACUUUAUGUGCCUUCAAGAUGUUACUGCUUCAGCACAGCCAACACACCAUUGCUGCUUUAGAAACUUAAUGAGUGAAGGCUACUAUCGUAAUGACAAGAAAGACACCACACAUGAAACAGAGCACUUAAUUAUUACAGAAGACCACUUGGAUGAGUUUAGUGGUUGUCAAUCUUCCCCCAAUAUUUACUUCAGCACUGUGAGUUACACAACCCGAACUAAUGGGAGUUUUGGGUGCUUACCCACUUUUAAUCGACAAUUACUAAUGAAUACCAAAGUAAACUGUACACAACUUAGCGUGGGACAAUAUCACAAUUACACUUCCAGCCAAGACCUCCAAGUCCCAACCCCUCAAUCUACAAGUGAUGCAAGCAGCCCUCACCUGGAUGAUACACCAGAAGCCCAACUGACGCACACAGAUGCCCAAGGCCGAGCAAAGAUGGUGAAUGUUGGUCGCAAAGUCCCCACACGACGAGUAGCCACAGCCCGCGCCACCGUGCUUUUGGGACCCAGUGCUUUUGGACUCCUGCAGGAUAACCAGCUGGCUAAGGGCGACGCUCUUGCCGUGGCCCAGUUGGCCGGCAUCAUGGGCUCGAAACAGACCUCAACUCUCAUUCCACUGUGUCACCCUCUCCCUUUAGAGCACACCUCGGUCACCCUGGACCUGGACGGGCUGCGGAACGCCGUGGUCAUUACGGCAACGUGUCGCACCACUGGCAGGACGGGAGUUGAGAUGGAGGCUUUGACUGCAGUUUCUGUAGCAGCGCUGACUGUAUAUGACAUGUGCAAGGCUGUGAGUCAAGACAUUAUCAUCACUGACAUCAAACUGCUGAGUAAGACUGGUGGGAAGAAGGACUUUCAGCGACUGUAACCUUGAUUUAAAAAAUUAGACACGACAGUGAUAGUGCUCUAAGUUACUUAUCAAGGUGACAAACUGAGUGGGGAUGUCUGGUACUUCUAUAAACUGCUUCAAGUCCUAGCUUGAGAACAGGACAUACUUUGUUGUAAUUGGUAACUGUGUCUCAGACCAAAUGGUUAUUCCACACGUGUCAAUCCUGGUACCCCUAUUGUUCAAUUUGUACAUGCUGCCAUUAGGCCAGCUAAUACGCAGCUACAGUGAGUCGUAACACAACUAUGCAGAUGACUCUGAUCUUUGUGUCACUGAUGGGAUGAGAACAUCGGCCUGUUGAUUCACUUUGCCACAGCAUCAAACUGAAAAGUGUGUGGAUGAAAAAUAAUUUUCUUCAGCUAAACUCAGUCCUAACUGAAAUCAUUGUCUGUGCCCCACAGAAGCAGAGAGAAAACGUUAUUGUCACAUUUAGAUCCCCUUGUUGAAAAUGUAUUUAGGUUAGAAAUCUAGAGUGAUAACAGCCUCAGAUUUGACAUAAAAUCAAUAAUGUGAGGAGUGUUUUACUACCUAAAAGAUGUUGCCAAAAUCAAAGAAGUGUCUAAAUGAGAAGAAUAAUCCAUGCAUUUGUCUUCAGCUGGCUGGACUGAUGUAAUGGUAUCACUGCACUUUCCAAACAAGCUAUAAAGCAGCACAUCCAAAAUGUUGCUGCUCGACCACUGACUAGAACCAGAUAAUACAACCAUAUUAGUCCAGUGCAAUGGCUUCCUAAUGCUCAGAGAAAAUACUCGGGGAGAGAUCUCUAGCUGCUGCCUUGAGUCGGGACGGCAUAUAGGGAGGCUGCUUUUCAGUUUUAUCCUUCUAAAAUCUGGAAAAAGUGAUUCAGAGGGUGUGAGACAAACCUUACUUUGAAAAUAUUGAAAUCAAUAAUUCGUGACUAUUUUUAUGAUUUUAUCUGCCUUGCAUUUUAUAAAGCACUUUUAAGUGCCUUGCGUAUGAAUUAUUCUCUAUAAAUAAAUACAUUCGCCUUGGCUAUCUUUGAAUCUAUGCAGGAACUAAACCAUGUCAUAGUUUUGUAGUUCAAAAAUGUAUGCCAUCAUUUAACGUUUUUAUGCGAAAAGAAACGUGAGAAUUAUGUAAUGUAAAUUCUCCACAGUUUAUCAAGCUGUUGAAAAAGUGUUCACUUUGAUAUGGAUUUUUUUUUUUUAUUAAAAUACCUGAGUGAAUGAAGCAAACAAUGUUCUGAUCUAUAAUCAAACUUGCCGCAUUAUUAGAUACACAGCAAACAAUGUGCAUUACAAAUACAAGACCUGUAUCAAAAUAUCUUUUGUAGGGGGUUUGAAUUGUCCUAUAUCAUACUAGACUGUGUUUAAAAUAUAUAGUGUUUUGGUCAGCUUCUUUAGCUCUGUGUAUAAUACAAGACAUAAGAAAAAAUAUAAAAAUGUUAACAGUAAUAAACUCUGAAACAGGUGUGUGGAAAUCUGACUACUCCUGAUAGGUUGUUACUGACGUCACGUCCCGCCUAUUAAAUAUGUGUGGUGGUCAAGCUAGCUCUGUUUUCAAUGGGUACUAGUUGCCAUUUAGCCUUUCUCGGAGACGAAAUGCCCUAUGUUUGUGUUUGGCUGUGUGAAUCAAGAAAUUGCAAAAAAGGAUGAAUGUUUAUUCAGAGUUCCUCAAGAGCUAAUUAAAAGGGGAGGUUGA